AUGCCCGUUGAACUACGCAAGCGCAAGGCUCCCGCUCCGCCCCCGGAGCCCCCGGCCAAGAAGCCUUCCAAGGUGGCCAAAGCUGCCUCCAAGGUCAAGGAGGCUGUCAAGGGCAAGCCUGAGACUAAGCCCAAGGCCAAUGGCGCAGCAGCAGCCAAGGCGUCCACCCCUGCCAAGAAGCCCGAGGUUGGCGACACCAUCGACCUGGCUUCAUUCGGCGGCGAGAUCACUACCAACGACGGCGAGACCACGACGCUGGCUAAGCUCGUCGAGCAGUCCGGCUCCGGUGUCGUGCUUUUCACCUACCCCAAGGCAUCCACACCAGGCUGCACAAAUCAGGCCUGUCUGUUCCGCGACUCUUAUGAGCCGCUUACCGCGGGAGGCCUUGCCAUCUACGGGCUUUCCAGGGAUUCCCCCAAGAGCAACACGACCUUCAAGGAGAAGCAGAAGCUCCCUUACCCUCUUUUGUGCGAUUCUAGUGCGAGCCUCAUCGGGGCCAUUGGCCUGAAGAAGGCGCCCAGCGGCACCCAGAGAGGCGUGUUCGCAGUGGACAAAAAGGGCAAGGUGCUCCUUUCUGAGCCCGGCGGACCAGCUGCAACGGUGGAUGCUGUGAAGAAGCUGGUGGACUCGGGGUCUGCUAACGGCGGUGCUACUGAGGAGAAGGCGGAGAAGGAGGAAAAGAAGGAUGACGAAGAGACCAAUGGUGCCGCAGCUGAGGAGGCUAAAGCCGAGGGGGCGGAAGAGAAGAAGGACGAGUAA